AUGAAUGAAACCAGAAUUUCGAUGGAGGAGGUUAUGUUGGAUAGCAUUGACGCCAUGAAACUAAUAGACGAGUUGCAGACGCUAAUUGCCGAUCUUGAUGACGGAUACAAAGAUCGCCAAAGAUACCGAGAUAUCAUGCAGGAACUAAGGGAACUUGUGCAGGAGAAAGUGGAUCGAGCUUGCGUCGAAACGCUUUCUAAGGCAGUUCAUCUGGCCGACAAGGAAACCGCAAACUUACAACGUACCUGGGGCAAUAAUUGGCUGUCCCUUUGCAUGUGGGGAAAUCUGUCGAAAAAUCCAAGAAUAAAACGUUACAGUUUUGACAAAGCUGGAAUAUCCUUUGAUAUUCCAAAGUUUCUUACCCUUUCGGAGUGCGCCUUUCGAAUCGUCUUCAUGAAGUUUGAUACCUACUCAGUUACUUCACCCUCGGCCGUACCAAAAUCUGUCCCUCGAAAGCCUCCCUCUCCAACGCCAGAAGAAACCACUCCAAAGAAACCCAGAAAGACAAAAAGCGGUGAUUUGCCUGCCAAAGCGGAGGAAAAACCCACACCAGUGCACGAUGUACAGUACUUUGUGAUUGAACUGUAG